UAACCGCAGCUCUCCUCUCAUUCAUGCUGAGCGUUGCUCUCCUGUGCGCACGGAACUGCAGAGCUGAGCUUUGGAACCGGUGCUGCUGCUGUAUGACAAGCCCGCCGGGAAUGGAAAUGUCUUCUGCUGCAACUCUGACAUCCUAAAAAACAUGCCAAGCAGGACGGACGUGAAGUGCGGUUUGAUCAGGCUGGUGGUGGACGAGGCUGAGGAUCAGGGGAUGAGGUUAUAAAAACAACAGCGGAGAAAGGAGGAAAAACGAAAGAGGAAGUCGAUUGCUCAGAAACUCUUCUUUUGUAUCAUCAUACCCUGCAGUCCUAUACGGCGCUGACUGACCCUGUAUUGGAUUGAGGAUUACACACUCAAAAAUACACACUUACACCCACUCGCUCACACCUCCCCUUCCCUCACCGCCAUGUCCUCCCACCUCAACCCACCUCUUCUCAUCCUUCCCAUCCUUUUCCUUCUCCUUUCCCUGUCCAUACCCUCCUCCUCCACCCCCCUACUCUCUUUCUCCCCACCGGAAGGAGGUCUCACACAUUUAGUGGUCCACAACAAAACGGGCGAAGUCUACCUGGGCGCGGUCAACUGGAUCUACAAGCUGUCUAGCAACCUGACAAAGCUACGAAGCCAUGUUACUGGCCCAGUCACAGACAACCCUCGCUGUUACCCUCCGCCCGGUGUCCAGUCCUGCCCCCACGAGCUGGUGCAGACCUCUAAUGUCAAUAAACUGCUGCUACUCGAUGCUGCCCACAACCGCUUAAUUGCCUGUGGGAGUACUUCCCAGGGAAUAUGCCAGUUCCUGCGUCUGGAUGAUUUGUUCAAGCUCGGUGAGCCCCACCACCGUAAAGAGCAUUAUCUAUCCAGUGUUGCUGAGGCAGGCACCAUGUCAGGUGUCGUGAUCUCCCCAGAUCUUUUUGGUGGAGGUGGGAAACUUUUUGUCGGCACACCCAUUGAUGGGAAAUCUGAAUACUUUCCAACACUGUCAAGCCGCAAGUUAAUGUCCAACGAGGAGAACGCUGACAUGUUCAGCUUCGUCUACCAGGAUGAGUUUGUCUCCUCACAGCUGAAGAUUCCCUCAGACACACUCUCCAAGUUUCCGGCAUUUGACAUCUACUACAUCUACGGAUUCAACAGCGAGCAGUUUGUGUAUUAUCUUACCUUACAGCUCGACACCCAGCUCACCUCACCAGAUGCAAGCAGCGAACAAUUCUUCACCUCUAAAAUCGUCCGCCUAUGUGUUGAUGAUCCUAAGUUCUACUCCUAUGUUGAGUUCCCCAUUGGCUGCACCAAGGACGGAGUGGAGUACCGCUUGGUUCAGGAUGCAUAUUUGGCCCGGCCAGGAACCCGUCUGGCACGUUCACUUGGUAUUCAAGAGCACGAGGAGGUUCUGUUUACUGUAUUCGCCCAGGGUCAGAAGAACAGAGCCAAGCCACCCAAGGAGUCGGCUUUGUGUCUGUUCACAAUGAGACGGAUAAAGGAGAAGAUUAAAGAGAGGAUUCAGUCGUGCUACAGAGGAGAGGGGAAACUCUCCCUGCCCUGGCUGCUCAACAAGGAGCUGGCCUGCAUCAACUCGCCGCUGCAGAUAGACGAUAACUUCUGUGGCCAGGACUUCAAUCAGCCUCUAGGGGGCACCACCGCCAUCGAGGGCAUCCCGCUUUACGUGGACAAGGACGACGGCAUGACCUCUGUGGCAGCCUACGACUACCGCGGACACACUGUGGCGUUCACUGGCACCCGCAGCGGACACAUGAAGAAGAUUUUGGUGAACUCCAUCUCCCAGCCUGCCUUGCUGUAUGAGAAUGUGGUGGUGAGCAAAGGGAGCCCAAUCCUAAGAGAUCUGCUCUUCAGUCCGGAACAUCAGUACUUAUACGCCCUCACCGAUAAACAGGUCACCCGUGUACCAGUGGAGAGCUGUGAGCAGUACACCUCCUGUGGAGCCUGCCUGGGAUCAGGAGACCCUCACUGUGGCUGGUGUGUGCUACAUAAUGUAUGUUCGAGGAAAGAUCGGUGCGAGAGAGCAGAGGAGCCUCAGCGUUUCACCACCAGAGUGGAGCAGUGCGUCCGACUCUCCGUCCAGCCCGACACAGUCUCUGUCACCAUGUCAGAAGUGCAGUUGGUAAUUCAGACGCAGAAUGUGCCCAGUCUGUCUGCUGGAGUGAACUGCUCCUUUGAGGACUACGUAGAGACAGAAGGACGAAUCUACGGUGGACGGAUCUUCUGCUUGUCUCCCUCUACAAAAGAGGUGGCCCCCAUCACACGAGACCAGGGUGACCAACGUGUGAUAAAGUUGUAUCUGAAGUCGAAGGAGACGGGAAAGAAGUUUGCUAGUGUGGACUUGGUCUUCUACAACUGCAGCGUCCACCAAUCGUGCCUCUCAUGUGUUAAUGGAAACUUCCCCUGUCACUGGUGCAAAUAUCGCCACAUGUGCACGCAGGACGCCAGCGACUGCUCCUUCCAGGAGGGACGAGUCAACACCUCAGAGGAGUGUCCUCAGAUCCUGCCCUCCCCUCAGAUCUACAUCCCUGCUGGAGUCAUGAGGCCAAUCACCCUGCUGGCCCAGAACCUUCCCCAGCCGCAGUCUGGACAGAAGAACUAUGAGUGUAUCUUCCACAUCCAGGGCAGCACGCACAACGUCCCAGCCCUGAGGUUCAACAGCACCAGCAUACAGUGUCAGAAGACCACGUAUGACUACGAGGGCAGUGACAUCAGUGACCUACCAGUCGACCUCUCCGUCGUGUGGAAUGGAAUCUUUGUCAUUGACAACCCAUUCAACAUCCAAGCCCACCUGUACAAGUGCAGAGCGUUGCGAGACAGCUGUGGUAUGUGCCUGAAGGCCGACCCCAGGUUCGAAUGCGGUUGGUGCGUCCAGGACAAGAAGUGCUCCCUCAGGCAGGAGUGUACCGGUGGAGGGAAUUCCCACCUCCCGCUGCAGCUGGCCGAAGGCGGAGGAGGGUGGAUGCACGCCACCUCUGGGAACAGCCGCUGCACCCACCCCAAGAUCACCAAGUUGUUCCCUGAGACGGGGCCUCGCCAAGGGGGAACCAGGGUAACCAUCCUUGGGGAGAACCUCGGUCUGCAGUUCAGAGACAUCCAGAUGGGCGUCCGGCUGGGCAAGGUGCCCUGUGUGCCCAUUGAGGAGGAGUAUGUGAGCGCAGAGAGAAUUGUGUGUCUGCUGAACGACGCUACCAGCUACAGGGUCCAGGAAGCUCAGGUUGAGGUGUGUGUGAGAGACUGCGUCAACGACUACAGAGCCCUGUCGCCCAGGCCGUUCACCUUUGUGACUCCAUUUUUUACCCGUAUCCAGCCAUCUCAGGGGCCCAUUUCUGGCGGCACCCGGGUCACCAUUGAGGGAAGCUACCUCAACGCUGGCAGCUACGUGUCUGUCAGCAUUGGGCCGCAGCCCUGCUACUUCAAAAAGAGGAAUGCCCGUGAGAUAGUGUGCGUUACACCAGCUGGAAUAGCACCGGGCAGUGCAUCAGUCUUUGUGGACAUCGAUGACGCUGAGCUCAGAAACCCAGAGGUCAAGUUUAACUACACUGACGACCCCACCGUCCUGAGGAUUGAACCUGACUGGAGCAUUGCCAGUGGUGGGACUCUGUUGACCGUGAGUGGGACCAACCUUGCAACCAUCCGAGAACCGAAGAUCAGGGCCAAGUAUGGACAGGCAGAAUCCUUUCAUAACUGUACAGUGUAUAACAACUCAGUCAUGGUGUGCCUGGCUCCAUCGGUGGUGGAUUCAGAGCUGGGUUUUUCCGAAACCGGCACCGGCCCGGAUGAGAUCGGGUUCUACAUGGACAACGUGAAUGCUCUGGUGGUGGUCAACGAGACGUUCAGCUACUACCCCGACCCCGUGUUCGAACCACUCAGUCCCUCUGGAAUACUGGAGCUCAAACCCACAUCGCCACUCAUUCUCAAGGGUCGUAACCUGAUCCCAGCGGCUCCGGGUAACAGUCGCCUCAACUACACGGUGCUGAUUGGAGAAACUCCCUGCGUCCUCACCCUGUCUGAGAGCCAGCUGCUGUGUGAAUGGCCCAACCUCACCGGACAACACAAAGUCACGAUCCGUGCCGGAGGGUUCGAAUAUUCCCCCGGGACUCUUCACAUCUACUCCGACAGCCUGCUGACGCUUCCCGCGAUUAUCGGCAUUGGAGGGGGCGGUGGCCUGCUUCUGUUGGUCAUCAUCGCUGUGCUGAUUGCCUAUAAGAGGAAGUCCAGGGAUGCCGACCGCACUUUGAAACGUCUGCAGCUCCAGAUGGACAACCUGGAGUCCAGAGUGGCCCUGGAAUGUAAAGAAGCUUUUGCCGAGCUUCAGACAGACAUCCACGAGCUGACCCAGGAGCUGGACGGAGCUGGGAUUCCCUUCUUGGACUAUCGGACUUACGCAAUGAGGGUCCUGUUCCCAGGCAUUGAAGACCACCCUGUGCUCAAGGAGAUGGAGGUACGGGUCCAGGCAAAUGUUGAGAAGGCACUGACGCUGUUUGGCCAGCUGCUGACAAAGAAGCACUUCCUGUUGACGUUCAUACGAACCUUGGAGGCACAGAGGUCAUUUUCAAUGCGGGACCGAGGCAACGUGGCAUCUCUGAUCAUGACGGCCCUGCAGGGGGAGAUGGAGUACGCCACCGGAGUCCUGAAACAGCUUCUGUCCGACCUGAUAGACAGAAACCUGGAGAGCAAAAACCAUCCCAAACUGCUGCUCAGGAGAACGGAGUCUGUCGCUGAGAAGAUGCUGACCAACUGGUUUACAUUCCUCUUGUAUAAGUUCCUCAAGGAGUGUGCCGGGGAGCCUCUGUUCAUGCUUUACUGUGCCAUCAAGCAGCAGAUGGAGAAGGGACCCAUAGACGCCAUCACAGGAGAAGCCCGCUACUCCCUCAGCGAGGACAAGCUCAUCAGGCAGCAGAUUGACUACAAAACACUGACGCUGCACUGUGUAAACCCAGAGAAUGAGAAUGCCCCCGAGGUGACGGUCAAGUGUCUGAACUGUGACACUAUCACACAGGUCAAAGAGAAGCUGCUGGAUGCUGUGUACAAGGGCAGCCCCUAUUCACAGAGGCCCAAGGCUUCUGAUAUGGACCUGGAAUGGCGUCAAGGUCGGAUGGCCAGAAUCAUUCUGCAAGAUGAAGAUGUCACAACUAAGAUCGACAAUGACUGGAAGAGACUCAACACGCUGGCUCACUAUCAGGUAACAGAUGGUUCAGUGAUCGCGCUGGUGCCAAAGCAGAACUCUGCCUAUAACAUCUCCAACUCUUCCACCUUCACCAAGAGCCUCAGUAGAUACGAGAGCAUGCUGAGGACAGCCAGUAGUCCAGACAGCCUACGAUCCAGAACACCCAUGAUAACCCCUGACCUGGAGAGUGGAACUAAACUGUGGCAUCUGGUGAAGAACCAUGACCACUCGGACCAGAGGGAGGGCGACCGAGGCAGCAAGAUGGUCUCUGAGAUCUACCUGACCAGGCUGCUGGCUACAAAAGGUACGUUACAGAAGUUUGUGGAUGACCUGUUUGAGACCAUCUUCAGCACAGCCCACAGAGGAAGCGCACUGCCACUGGCCAUCAAGUACAUGUUUGACUUCCUGGACGAGCAGGCCGACAAACACUCUAUCACAGAUUACGACGUACGACAUACCUGGAAGAGCAACUGUCUUCCUCUGCGGUUCUGGGUGAAUGUCAUCAAGAACCCCCAGUUUGUGUUUGACAUCCAUAAGAACAGUAUCACAGACGCCUGUCUGUCUGUGGUGGCCCAGACCUUCAUGGACUCCUGUUCAACGUCAGAACACAAACUAGGAAAAGACUCGCCUUCAAAUAAACUUCUCUACGCUAAAGACAUCCCCAACUACAAGAACUGGGUAGAGAGGUAUUAUUCCGAUAUCUCCCGUAUGCCAGCCAUCAGCGAUCAGGACAUGAGUGCCUACCUAGCAGAGCAGUCCCGCCUGCACCUCAGCCAGUUCAACAGUAUGUCUGCGCUGCACGAGAUCUACUCCUACAUCACCAAAUACAAAGAUGAGAUCCUGUCAGCGUUACAAAAGGACGAGCAGUCGCGCAGACAGCGGCUCCGUGGCAAGCUGGAGCAGGUCAUCGACACCAUGGCCCUGGCUAGCUGAGGACCGGCCAAUCGCACGCCUGGGCUAGCAGAGAACUGGCCAACCAACACGCCUUCCCUGACAACCUUUGUGACAUUUUGACCCUCGACGUUUGAAGUCUGUCGUUAUCACCCUCACAAACAACAACGAACAGCAGCGGGAAAAGACUGCAAGGACACAAGCACCCAGCAGCAGCAGCACACUGGAGAGACAGCAGAGUUUGGAAGUAUGGCCCCGUCGGCCGGGUUGGCUUUUUUUGUUCUCUGAGCCACCAACCCAGCCCCAAACAACCAAAUCAAGCGCACCCUCAGCCUCAGACGAUAUGGACCUCAGCUCAGGAGAGCGUUUAUUUUCAUCAAGGCCCUCAUCACAUCUAGAGUCCUACGGAAGAAGCAGUUGGCCACAAUCAGGACCAGUACAUGCACAGUGGUGACCAAAAACUCCUCUAGCCAGAUACAGAGCUGGAAUGCUACGGGAAAGGCACAAGCCGCCAGUUAGUAGCUUUCCAAAGCUAAGACUAUGGUUCAGACUGUGAACCAAUAAAAAUCCAGGAUAUAUUACUGCGAUACUUGAUCCCUGUAAGGAGUUCUCUUUUCUGUUGCCGUCCUCCAUAGGGAGGUCAGAGGUCAGGGACAGCUACAGAGCAGCAGCCAUGAUGCUGGUAGAGAUUGUGCGUGUUGCUCAAAGACACUUCAGCAGUGUGAAUACUUGGCAUCACAUAAGCUGCUGCCACUGCAGGGCAACCAGGAGGAAGGACUUUGCAGGGAAAUUCUUCCUCCAGGACUGACUCUCCAACUCUCUAUCAACAAGAACUCCACUGUAGUCUAACAAAGGAUAUUUUCAGUUUCAUAACUCUGCAUUUGAUUUGUUAUUGCAUUUGAUUCCAUUUUUCCCUCCCAACUGCCUACUCUCCCCAGUGCUGUGCCACUUGUGUUACUGCUGAAUUUGCACAACAAAGCUAAAUCAAAAGAGAGAAGAGGAUAUAUGAAUAUAUAUAUAUAUAUAGAUAUAUAAAUACAAACCUUUUGUUUUUAAAACAAAUGAAACGUUGAAAAAAAUGUUUUCCAUUUUAAUGUACAAAAGAUACGUUUGAGAAGAGGAUUUGAUAUUUCCAAGAUGAAAACUUAUGAAAACACAAGGAAAAAGUCGUCCUGUGCCAUGUUUUACUUUGAAUGUUGUUUAGUGCAAAGAGACUUCUUUUCGUUAGAUGAAAUGUGCUACGAUAAAAAUGUUGUCAUACUUAGUGACUGAAAGUGAGAGUUUAAAAAUAGGUAAAUGGCAAAAUUAUAUAUAUAUUACAGACACUUUCUAUAUUUCAUGAGGUCUUUGGGGCAGAUGUGUGCUACAUGUUUGGCUCUAAAGGUAGUCAAGAGACAAAUGAUGUCUGGAAGUCGCCUGUGAGCCAACCGACCUACAGUGCUUUUGUGUUUGUUUUUAGAGAAACCAAAUACAUCGAGGCCUGGUCAACUGAUUUAGAUGAGACAAAAGUCGUUUCUGUGGAAGCCAGCCUCAUGCUGUGGUAGCAGACAACUAUAGAGGCACUAGGCAGUCGUUUAAGUUGAACCCUGGCACACUGUGCUCUCGGUCUUGUUUUCUAGACUUUCCCUCUUGUCUAAAAAAUUUCAUAACGUGUGCCAUCCAAAAUGAAGGCCAGUUUUGGUGUGCAGAAGUUGAAACAGUAUUGUUUAAUUUUUUUGGCUUGUUUUCUAGUCUGCAGUAAAGGUGGUAAAGCUAAUGGUUCCAUUUUUGAAAUGUGAAUGUGGUUUAUGAAAAAGAUAAUGAAAUGUAGCUUGAUUUAUGUGAGUGUUUUUGUACCAGUUGAAGGCCUUUCUCUUUUUUCGUUUUGUGAUUUUAUAGGGGUGAAAAAAAAAAAAAACUAAAAUGUUUUCCUUCCAGUAUGUGCUGCUCCACAUUAACUUGCAGUGCUUCAAAAAAAUCAAACAUGCAUUCAUAAACAAGACAUUCCUUUCCCCUGUGACUGUAAAAAGGGUACAAAGCUAAUAACAAAGGCUAGAAAAUACAGAAAAAACAUGUUCAACAAACCAGGGUAAUAUACUUUAUGUGGUCGUCCAUCCCGUAAGAGCUUGUUUUGAAAUGUAGAGCACCCGACCAGAUGCAUCAACAGUCAGAUCAGAUGGAUGAGUUCAAGAAAAGAACUCCUCUACUCAUCCCUCUUGUCCCUGUUUGUUUUGAUCUAGAAGAAAGCAGGUUAAAAUCCAUCAAGUGCACCUUUUAGAACAAUACGACUUUAAAGGAAACAGUUACAGAUGCCUCAAAAUCAUUUUCUUUUUCUUCCUUUUCAACAGCGCUUCCCUCAGAUUUGUUUUCCCUGUGAGAGAUGCCUCAAACCAGUCGACACUAGCUUCCUCUGGUUCAGUCCAGUUCAGAUAGCAGAGCUUUGCAGGUGCAUCAGGAACCUUAAAGGCCAGGGCUGUUGUGAAAGGCCUGGUAGGUUUCUUUCAAAUUAAAAGUCUCUAAAACCUUCUGAGUUAUCUUUUCGGUUGUCCAAGAGCCUUUACUAAGAUACUCUGAGAGGAGGAAAUUGAAAGAUGUCAGUUAUUUUAAACCUCAGUCUUACUUUCUUGAGUUUUUCUAUCUUGGAGAUGGAUCAUUGUGGUUGCAGGGAGUAAUGCUCUUCAGUACAAUCCAGUGGAUCAAAGGUGAAACUCAAAAUACUUUCAAGCACAGUCAUAAUCCAUUUGCAAUAAGACCUGCCCACACCGUUUUCCUUAUUAUCCAUGGCCUCAGACAUGCCAAUAUUGGAGUAGAUGCUAAUCCUAAACUAGCUGACACAAAGACAUUUCAAGUCUUUGAUGGCACAUUCACAUGCUUCAAGGAUUUAUUGUAAGUUUAAAAAGCCAAUCGAAAAAAAAAUACAUAUAUGUACUGUACAUGUUUAAAUUACAAUUACAUGUACGAUAAAGAGCUCUUUUUUUGGCAUUGCUCCAACAUGUUUUAUGUGCUCGUUGUCACAGUUGCAAAAUUGUUCAGCUAAAAAUGAAUAUCUAUAGGCAAGGGUGAUUUAAAACAAAAUGAUCAGUUAUAUUCAAAGAAGACCAGCAGCUAGCAGACUAAAUGUGUGAGCAACACUUACAAAGCACCAGAUGGACCACUAACUGACAUAUCCCAAGUGAUAAUUGUUCAGUCACAGCUGUUUAACAGCAGGAAUGAAAGUGUGACUCUUGCAUUUGGUGCGACUGGUGAGUUUCAGUCACCUACGUUUGUGGUGAAUUACACCUUAGCCCCUUUGGAUUGUGUCCUUAAGCAGUAAUCUAAGUCACAUGCUUAUGAAAUGUUACAUUAAAAUAACCUGAAUUAUUUAUUUCAUGGCACAGUGUUGACUAUGAGGCAUUGCUAGGUACUAGCCACAUGGUAGCUGAUGUUAGCUACUGAGAUAAGGCUAACAUUCUAGUCUAAAAAUCAGAAUGCUUAAUAAUUGAAUGACUCCCAAGUAUAUUUAAAUAUAGAAUUGAACAUUGCAUAUUCUUUAUUGUUGGGACAUAAACAUUCUGUCGUUGAAGCGUCUAAGACCUCCACCAUGGCCGACAGUGACACUUCAUGUAGAAAAUAUGGCAAACUUAGACCUGGUAACACACAUUCUUCAGCAGAUUUUUUGAGCCAUCUCCCAUGUCCAUAUCCUUCCACUUUGUCUGGGUGUUAACUAUGAUUUCAAAUAUAAUUACCAGACCUAAAACAAACCUUAUGCCACUCAACCAAACACAUGUUGUUACUAUCAGGUGAAAACUUGAUUCUUCUUCCUUGAUCUUUCUUGAUAGAUUUCGGGUUUUUCUGUUUUCUGACAGCAUAAAUAUGUGUCUGGACAGAAUGAAACGUACUGUAUGUGCUUCAAUACUUGAACCACUGAUCUACACAGGGUAAAACAACAUACAGGGCGGCUGACCAAAGCUUAAUUCAUCCACAUAAGGAGAACAGCUCCUUGAGAGAUCACCUUUGAUCCAUCUGCUUUUCAGUUCUUCCACAAAAUGAUUUUAGCACUAAUUUUAGUCAUUUAAAUACCCCCUCAUUGAAGGUAUUGAGUGUUAGUCUUUCUGAUUGAUGAAUGGUGAAAUUGAGGCAUUGUUACUUCCAUGAACAUGCACUCAUUAACACAUUCUGCUCAGUAUUAAUGUUUGAAACAGUCUGAGGAUGUGGACCACUGCAUUUAUGUUUGACCGCUAUUCACUUGCUCAAUUGUUCUUUUGAUGAAGACUUGUAAAGAUGAUUUUAGUGAUGUGGAAUGAGUAAUGAGGUUUAGUUAGUGACCCCAAGGACCACUUUGUAGGGAGUGAGAAAAAAAAAAAAAAAACUUCUGUAAGAUGGCGAGAUAAGGCCCACUUGGUCUCUGGUGCUUUUGUUUCUUAGUUUUGCUUCUUGUUUUCUGCUUCACCACUUGUUGGGGUAAAAGAUGAAAAGACUUGGGCAAGGCAGAGGAAGCGCUUUGAAGGCCACGGUACCGCUUCAUUUUCCAUUCCGUUGCAUCUGUGGCGUUCAACUUCCACAUAGAAAAAGACAGUGAUGAGAGAGGGAGGAGGGAGGAGGGUGGAGGGUGGAGUGAGAGAAGGAAAGAGGUGGAGGGAGAGAUUCUCUCAACAAUUGACUGACGCAGAGCUGUUCACUGUGCCUUGUCAGCCUCUUCCCAUACUAAAAAUUUGGUAUUUUUACAUACACCUAAAGGGUAUGAUCAUAGGUACGUGUAAAAAAAAAAAAAAAAAAAGGACAAAUAAUUAUAUUUAAAUAUGCAUUCUGACAUCAUCAUUUAAGAUGAAAAAUAGUGCAAUAUUUUGUGAAACAUGCUCAUGAGAAGACUGAAACCAAUCUCACGUCUGUGUGUUAAGUACUGAGCUCCAGUCAGGACAUUUUUAGCAUUGCUUAGCAUGGAAAAGGUAUGUACAAAGGGAAUGGUGAAAAUACACCUACUGACACCUCUAAAACUGACUAAAUAACACUUUGUAUCUAAUUUAUGUAACCUUACAUGAGCAAAAAUGUAAAAAUAUUUUGUGGUUUAAUGCUGGAACUACUGUAGCUCAUGCUGCACUCAAACACAUAACUUCCCCUAGAAUCAUACAUUAUUUAUAUAUUUUUACCUUUUUUGUUCAUGUCACAAAUUAAAACACACAACUUCCAGGUUGUUGGUAAGUAUGGUCAUUUCUUUUUCACUUAAUGUGCUUCACUCAUGCUUUCAGUCUUGCUAACCUGAGCUAAGCUAACUACGACUCCAGCUAUGUACUCAACAUACAGACAUAAGAACCCUUGAAAACAAAGUGAAAAGGCCCAUUUCUUAUUUUGAAAAAUGAGUGAAGCUAGACCAAGAAGACCGCUAACGUAUCAUAAAGACCGCAGAAAGAAGCUCACGUUACAUUUUCAUUGUUUUACUUUUGAACAGAACCAGGCUAGCUGUUUCCCUGUGUCUUUUUGCUACGCUAAGCUAACUGACUCUAGCUUCAUAUUUAGCAUACGAUUUAAGAGUGGUAUCAAUCUUCUCCUCUCACUCUCAGCAAGAAAGUGAUUGAGGGCGUCCACCACCCCCCCAAAAAAAAAAAAAAAAAAAAAAAAUGGUAUAUAUGAAAGCCAUUUGCAAAUCUGUUUGGAAGUGUAUGUUAAAUGUACAUAUUUUUCAGUAUGGGCUGCACCCUCCAACAUGACACCUCCUCACCACCGCACAACCUUAAUACUUCCCCUCAUCUGCUACUUUUGAUUCCCCCCCCAACAGCAACACUCAGAAGUUUCUCAUCCCUCCAGUUCUCUCCAGCUUCCUCACCUGCAGUGUUCACUUUGAUUAAAGUACAUUUCAGAGAAGGAGCAUAGGACAUAAAAUACCUUCACACACACAGAUUAAAGAGGAGAGAGGUAGAAAGAAAAAAAAAAAAUACCUUAAAGAGUUUUAAUACUUUAUGAAUUCUGAUACCUUUUUAAGAGUUUCAGACUUGAAGCUGCUGUGACAGGUUUUGGCUGUUUCACGCCCGUGUAAAUAUCCUGCUCUUUCCUAUUUUGCAGAUUUAUUACGUGUAAAUAGACACGCAUCAAGGAGAGAUUAAACAUGUUUUUUGCUAAA